AAGGUGAUUCUACGGGCUCCACCUCAAACAUCUCUCAGCAUUAGAAUCUCCCAAGAUUAUCGACAAAUUUAAUCACGUGAUUUAAAGAAAAACAUUCAGUAGUACAAACCCUACUCCUGUCUCUAUAUAUAUACCUGAUCUGUUUGAGUUCUGUACGUGUAGUUCGCCCAUUGCCCCUCAUCAUUCGUUCUCAAUCACCUCCAAACAAUAAACAGCAUUCCCUGAGAAUAAACGAACAAUCAUGAUCAGAACUUUCAAUAGUGCGUGACAGUGCCUAAACUCAAUUGAAAUUGGACAAGCCAUCACAAUCAGUGCCAAAUUAGUUGUUUGGUUAGUUUUGAAUAUCGAUACCAAGGCGACCUGAGCUACUGCAAUGUUUCAUCAUUGAUUUGAUGAAAGGAAAAUAGAAAUAAUCCAUCAUUGUCGUUACAUUCGUGAUAAAGGCUCAGGACGCUUUCAGUCACUCUCCUUAUUGGUUUUUUAACUUUUCUUUUAAUUGGUUUUAAACAAUGCGCAGGUAGUUUGUCAAUAAAAAACAUUGAAAUCAAUUGGGAGAAAAAAAUAACUAGUGUGUAGGGAGCUGGUAGAUAAAUUGUUGGAACAAUAAACAAAUUGACAUGGAGUAUUAGUGAAAAUAAAAAAUUGUCUUUGUGGAUAUUUCACAGUUUAUCAGGAUUGUUUUACGACUGUGUAAGUGCGAUACAUGUGCAAGCAAAUGGCCGACAACAACUGGACACGAAACAUUGUGUGCCGUUACUACAAGAACGGUGCCUGCAGAGAAGAAGAGAAUUGCCGUUAUCGUCAUGCUGAUGGCAGGCCAAAUUCAGACAUAGAGGAUAACGUCAGUACGUCAGAAACAUCUUCAAAAGCAUCAGGAAGUGUUCCAUGUCGCUUUUUCAAAUGGGGCACUUGCAAAUUUGGUAAUCGGUGUCGAUUCAAUCAUGUACAAUCCAAUCGUGAUCAGAGAGCAGAGAACGAAGGGAGGACAAAUGACAUUGACAUGGCAACUGCAUCAUCAUCGUCUCAAGGGUCUACCAGCAGUACCAGCAGCACGAAUAAUGGCUCAACGUCGAGAGCUUGGAAGGAGAGAGAUGGAAGCCGCCCGAAUGAGAGGAGAGGUGCGGAUAUUCAUACAAAAGAGCGGAGGAAUUGCAGACCUGACGAGUGGGUAAAUGCACCAGAGUUUGUACCUUCCAGUGGGCUAUCAGACUCUGGCAAGUGUGAUGAGAGUAAAAUAUUAUCCAAUCGACCUCCACCAGCGUCUUAUGCCAAAGCUGUCACUAAUAAUGGAACGACAGAAAAUCGUGCCUCGAUGCCAUUAUGCCCCUAUGCUGAGGCCAAUGGUGUCUGUAAAAGGCUUGAUUGCCCGUAUCUUCACGGGAAAAUUUGUGACUUCUGUGCUAGGGCUGCACUUCAUCCCUAUAAUGAAGAGAUUAGUCAGAAACAUACUAAUGCUUGCAUAAAACAACACGAAGCAGAUAUGGAACUGUCAUUUGCCAUUCAGCGCAGUCGAGAUAAAUCUUGUGGCAUAUGCUUCGAGAUUGUCAUGGAAAAAUCCUCACGGGAGCAACGAUUCGGUAUACUCUCCAACUGCAAUCACUGCUUUUGUUUGAUCUGUAUACGUAAAUGGAGACAGUCAAAGCAGUUUGACAAUAGCAUAAUACGCUCAUGUCCAGAGUGUCGUGUUCCUUCUGAUUUCGUUUGUCCCAGUAUUUACUGGGUCGAUACCAAGGAGGAGAAGGAGAAACUCAUUGUAGAGUACAAAAGUGCUCUUAGUCAAAGGGAUUGCAAGUACUUCAAGAAGGGCCAGGGAAAGUGUCCAUUUGGGAAUAAAUGUUUUUACAUGCAUACAUUACCCGAUGGGACCAAGACCGAUGUAGGACCACCUGCUCGUCAAGCUUCUAAUGGUGACGUUGAUAUUCUACAGCAACUUUUUCUGUGGAAUUUUUUGGAAGAAAGGGACAACGGCUGGAUCUAUGUGGACGAUCACGACGAGGUGGUCGUACUCUUCUCAGAUUCAGAGGACUCGGAUUGGUCACGAUUGGGCCCUUAUGACUAACUAAUUCAAUUGUUAACCACGUUUAUUACAAUUUUUUUUUGUUUAUCAUUGUGCCUAUUUCGUAUUGCCUCGAGGAACGUAAAGACACCAUUAUCAGCAUUGGCUAUUUUGAUGCAUAUCUCAUGAAGAAAAGAAGACCGAAAAGAUACUCAUUACGUCCGUUCAACCAAUCGUACUGUACAUUUAAACACGAAUAUCUUAUUAAUUCUUUUGCCAGAAAUAUGAGAUCACGAGAUAACUAAUAAUCUGUGAUAGAAUAUAAUUGAAGAGUGUGAUUGCACCGUAUGUUUCUCGUAAAUAAAAAAAUCGCAGAUUCUGCCCUCUCCAGUUCGAUCGAAGAUUCAAUUACAAAAUGCAUAUUUAGUUAAAAAGCCAAUUCUCGUUUUCUCUGCUCAUAAAGACUCUGAAUAAUUAGAAAAAUUGGAAAAAAAUGCAUAAAAAGGAAAAAAACAAACAUAAAUAACGCUGAUAAGGGACUAUAACGGUAGUUACGCUGAAAAGUCUCGUCCAUAAUUUUGUUUUAGAAUAUAUUUUGUUAUAAAAGAAAAAAAAAUACAU